AACCGGAUGAGGGCUGGUUCCCGUUUUGACGUCCUUGGCAAACAGCGACACGUGGAGGACCAAAAUGCAAAGACAACAACAGUACUCGCUUUAGCGUCACCCAGGUUACAUGAUUAUCAACGUCCAGGAAAAACAACGAUGUUGAGGAGGAACUACAACGACAUAAGGUAGAAAGUUGUUUAUGACUAUUUUGUCGAUAUUGCAUCGUUUUGCACGUUUAUUGUCGUAUGUCUGUCUCGGAUGCUGUACAUUAACUGGCUAUGCAUUUGCGUCUAAACUACACUAAUCCGGUUUUAGACCCCAUGAUAACCACUCGUGGAGUUGCAACGGGCUUUCAUUGUGCAGCAAACGCAAUGAGCGCUGCAGCAGGUUCAUCGUCAUUCGAGCCUCCAGAGCAUUCUCUGCCUGGACUCCAGGAAACACGCCCUGGGAGCCCGCCGCGACUGCGGAGACUGGUCGACAUUCCGGGAUGCCAACCGGACCGAGUCAACGACUUGCUUCUACUCAGUACUUUGGAUUCACAGGGACGAUGCGGUUCAGACGCCGAAUAUCGCAGUGCACAUGUUGUGUUUUUCCCUGGAGACAUACAGAACUUCCAGCAGGAGAUGUCGCUCCAGCCAGAGGGGGCGCAGUGGCUGUCCUGGAGCCUGGAGAACGUCGCCCUCACCCUGGGUCGCCGCUUCCCUGACCGCCACGUGUGGGUGAUCCGAGCCUCCCGCAUGUACCUGCACAAGUUCAGCUGCUAUCACAACUUUGUGGAGAGCAACCUGUUUGGAGCGCCCGAGCACUCACCUGACUACGGAGCAUUUCGCCACCUGAGGGCACUGCUGAGCAACGGCAUGGAGCGAGCUGGCUUGCCUAACCCCCUCCCGCUUCAAAGGGGUGGCGACACAGUUGCCCCGGGUUUCUCCUUGGCCCUGGUUGGCUUCAGCAAAGGCUGCGUGGUGCUCAACCAGAUGGUGUACGAGCUGGCGAGGGCGCGGGCUGACCCGGAGCUGGGGCCAUUUGUGGAGCGCCUUUCAGACAUGUACUGGCUGGACGGUGGCCACCCGGGAGGCAGCGAGACCUGGGUGACUGACAAGCGGGCGCUGGGGGAACUGGCGGCCAGUGGGGUUGCGGUCCACGCCCAUGUGACACCGUACGAGGUGCGUGACCCCAUGCGAGCCUGGGUGGGCCGAGAGCAUGGUCGCUUUGUCAAGAAACUUGAGGAUCUAGGGGCCCGACUCAGCCAGAAGCUGCACUUUGAGGAUGAGCCAGCAUCCAUCGAGAACCACUUCCGGAUCAUCCAGGAUUUCUAAGGUGUUUGUUCAUUCCUGAUUGUCUAUUGGCAUGCAAAGUAAAAAAAAUAAAAAUACUGGCAAAGCUUGAUUCGAUCUGCAAAUUUCUGGUUUAAUGCAAGGGGCUAAAGCUAGUUGAGUCUCAUUCAUCCCUCUUGGUUCUUCCUUUCGUGCAGAAGUCAAUCUAUCACUGUCUAUAUCUUCCUAGACCUCAUAUUUCAUGAUCUAAUGGCUCAAAUAUAUUUUUCUUUAAAAUCCAAGCAUGCAGAUUCCAAUUGGAAUGCAUUGCCCUUAUCUUGACACCCCUCAGUCGUUUCUCCUAGGAAUGCAUUUCCUUACUUCCACUAGAUUGACCUUUAUCAUAGACAAGUUUGCAUAUUGUACCGAAUAAGGGCUAUUUGCAUGUGAACAUUUGACAGAAUGCACCAUUUAAAGAGUAUGUAGCACAAAAUCAAACCUUUAAUGAAAACAAUUGGGGAAAUGGCACCGCACAACUUCCAGUAAAGUCACUUUCGAUCUAGGGAUUUCAUGUUUAAUUUAGGUAGUACAGUAAUUCUGCUCUUAGAUUAUGCAUGUAUGAACUACACUUAAACAUUCAGCCCAUAGCGGGAGGUUUAAAAAUUGCUGUACUUACUAGUCGCCAAAGUUCCGGAGCAUGUCUUUAAGAUCGAGGGCCAGACCUGUCAAUUGUCAGAUUAUCUAGCCUUGAUUGUAACCUUUGCCUUUUUGUUUAUUUUCUUGCAAUAUUUCGGGGGCAACAGUUGACUAUUCCUCAAGUGCAGCAGCUCCUUCCAUUGAACAUUGUCUUGAUAUCAAGUGACAUACUGUGGUGACUUGGAGUGGGCCUCUCUUUCACCAAGGAACACUUGGUGGUGUUUGUGUGGAACAACUAAAUUUCCUGCUGUUGCUUGGGUCAGAAUGUCCCGUAACUUGUUGUAAAUUGAUUUAUGUUCAGUGAUGGACUUUGAGUUGGAGGUUAGCUUAAAUGAAUCUUGCAGGCUGUUGUUCAGCAUUCAUACUGUAUUCUAAUAGACUAGACUAGAGUGAUAUCUCUUGGUAAGCUUAUAGAGCUGCUUUUGCACUACCAUGCUGGAUUUCUGGUGAUUAUUGUUUCAAUGGCUACUGAAAUGCAAUGAAUGUACUUUUCUACUUCAUAGCCAUUCCAUUUUUUUUUUUUAAUGCUGUUUUUGUUUAAGACAUGCUAUUCCGUAGCUGCUGUUGUAUGAUUCACUCACUUAGAAAAAACUGACCAACUCUUAAAAUAUACAAUACUGUUGAAA